UAGAACGGCUGUUGUCACAUCGGGCUAGAAGCCGAACGCCGCCCAGGAAGGUGGCCUUUCGCAGCUGCCGCUAAUAAUCCCACCACAAAAGCCGACGCACCUUUCACUCCAUACCGCCCCCGCGCCGCAUACAAACCUCACGGUCCUCACGCGACCUCACUGUAUCACGCUCUGCAACAUACCCGCGACGAACAGUCCCCACCGUCACAAUGGCUAUCUCUCCUCAAAUUACCAACCUGGUCAUCAUCCUGGGGUUUAUGCAGAUCUCGAAAAAGGUUCCCUUCGAUGACCCGAACGUGCUGAACGGCGUCCGCGCCCUGUACAUCGUCUCCAACAUCAUCAUCGCCGCAAUCUACUUCUACGUGCAGAUGCAGAUCAACAAGAAGAAUGACAUGACCGUUGUCAAGUACGUCGAGCCUGCGCCCAUGGGCUCUGGCGAGGAGCCCAAGUUUGUCGCGACCACCGUCAAGGCCUACGAUCUCCAGCAGCUGAAGGGUCUCUUCAAGGGCCAGUUGAUGGGUGUCGGCAUGAUGGGUUUCAUGCACCUCUACAUGAAGUACACCAACCCGCUCCUCAUCCAGUCCAUCAUUCCCCUCAAGGGCGCCUUCGAGGGCAACCUCAUCAAGGUCCACCUCUUCGGCCAGCCCGCGACCGGUGAGCUCGCUCGCCCCUGGAAGGCGGCUGCUGGCCUCAUGGGCGCUAUGCAGGGUGGCGAGAUCAAGACCGACAAGAAGAGCAUCGAGGCUGCUGAGCGUUCUGGCCGUGGUGGCGUCAAGGACGAGUAAAUCUUGUAAAUCGUCACUGCGCGUAUUCAUGAUGCUGUAGUCCUUGGCUGCUUGCGAUUCUGCGGCAUAGAGCGUUUUCACGGAUUGAUUGUAUAAUACUUAUUGGAAAAGUUAUUCAUAUCUCUAUCACGACA